AUUGUAUUCAAUAAUCUGUUCGGAUUUAAAUAUACCAUUGAUAUCGAUAAUCAAUAUUAGAAAUAUAAGCAUGUAUACUAGUAUUGAAACGAAAGAGGAAGUGCCUGAAAAUAUCCAUACAUUUUGAUAAGAAAAUUCGUUAACAAAUUCAAAAUGACCGACAUCAAGGCGAUAUCUCUAAUGCGAGCUCGUAAGAAGUGCCAUGAAGAUUUUAAAAUUCCUACGAAAUCGGACCAAUUUGACACAUUUCAGGAAGGAAUAGUUGAGGCUACGAAAGCUACGUCCGACGUCAUUCAGCAAGUUAACAAUUAUGUCACCCGAAUUAAAAAGGAUAUGCAAGGGUUGCGAAUUACGAUUGAGGAAUUCAAUGCAGAUUUAGCAAACCACAUGAAGACACUCAUUUCAAAAUUGGCCCCACCUAAUUCCUCCAACACUCAGUCAAACAACGCUGUGUCGACUUCUGACUCUUGUUCUGGGCCUCCAAGCUAUCCACAUAAAGGAACGAAAGGAGUAUCUAGCAGUUCCAGUCCUGCCCAUAAUGUAUCAGCCCAUGAAGCAUCCUCGGAAUCGGAUAGGGACAACCUGCGACAGCUAGCUGAACUGCAAAAAAUAAGUGACCAACAACAGGAAUUGAGGAAAAUGAUGGUAAAGGUGGAAGGUAUGACGGAGGAAUUGGAAAGUGAAGGUAAAAUAUCUGUAAACGAGCUCAUUGCUUUGAAACAGGAUGUAGAUCAAUGGGCACACAGUCUGGAGAGCGCGGAUGUAGAAUAUGCCCGGAAAAAGAGAGAAGAAAGAAAAGAGGAAGAGAGGAAAAGGAGACAAAGAGAGGAAGAGGAACGAAAAAAGGCUGAAGAGGAUGAAAAGAAGAGGAAAAAAAGAGAGGAGGAAAAGAAACAGAAAGCAAUGGAAAAGGAAAAACAAAGGAAGGAGGACGAGAGAAAACGGAAGGAGAUGGAAGAGAAGAAGAAAGAAGACGAAGAGAGAAAACGAAAGGAAAUGGAGGGGAAGAAGAUGGAAGACGAAGAACGUCAUAGGAAGGAAAGAGAAGAAGCAGAGAAGAGGAGAGACUGGAGAAACUGGCCACCAUUAAUAUUUCAUCGAGAUGAUGACAAAGCAGCCUUCCACAAGGGUAUUUGUUGUAUUGUUCUUGCCAUGGAAGCUGGACUAUCUAAAGAAGACCUCACCUGUUACAAGUCUGAUGGUAACAGUGACAGAGAAAAAUGUCUCCAGUCGGACAAAAAAGAGAUUCCUGUGUCUUCUUUAAUUUCAAUCAAACCGUCAACAAUGUCAGUCUUUCGUCAGCAGGAACCAGUUCGUAUCUUUAUUCCAUAUCAACAUAACCAAAGCUCAAGGGAUAUCGUGGUCAAGGUAUCCAUCGACGGCGGGCCCUGGAAGACGAUGAAACAUGAGCUUUGCAUUCCGCCCAGUGUUAACAUAAAGGACGUCCACAUGGUACAAAUUGCCGUAAACAAUUUUAAAUCGGUCGGAAUUCUUGUCGCUUCCCGACCAAAGUUCCAGUCAUUUGUAGUUGGAAAUGAAGGAGGAACUUUUGGAAUGAAGUCGAACAGAGCUAGAUUGAAGGUUCCCGAAAACUGCUUUUCUGACAAAACAGAAGGAACGUUUCAGGUAACCGACAAGAAGCACGCAGUCAACAUGGCUAAAGGUGUAAAGGACCUGCGAAACACGAAACUUGCUCUGGCUCCACAUAAUGUUACAUUUGACAAAAGUAACCAAUCCAAGGUCACUCUUGAAGUUUAUCCAGAUCUCAAGCGUAUAAUCCGCCGUCCACAAUCUGCAUUCAAGACAUGCGAGAAAGAAAUGGUAAAAGAAAUGGAUGUAGAAACAGUCGCACAUCUGCUUUACCAGAAAGGCAUAAUUAGUUCAACAACACUUCAGGAAAUCAGCUUUAAGAAAUCAAAAGAAGAACAAGUGAAAGUCUUAAUUCAAGACUUGCUCUCCUGUGAGGAAAAUGACUUCCAACAACUAAUCAAUAGUCUAGAGGAGUCGAACCAACAAGACCUGGCGAAUGUCCUAAAGAAAGCCCUGGCGGACGUCAAAUCUACAGAAAUGGGAAGUGAUUUUGUUGAUGAAAGCGAGGAUAAAAUUGCCAUGCUGACUUCUAAGAAUGGUCACGGUUGGUCCGUUGUUGAAUUCGAAAAGGUCAAAGAAAUCCCAGAAGCCUGUCUACUUCAACUCCCAACUGGCGGGAAGACUUUCAGUGUAAUUGGUUUGGUUGUGCCAAAGUCACUCAAAAAUUCCGAACUGUCCCGCCUGGCUGAGCUAUUCUACGUAUCAUCCGAGCAGUUCCGAAUGCGUUUGCUGGUGAAACAACACAAAGAGGACAAACAACGUCUUGCUAUUCGAUGUGUAAACCCGGAAAUGUUUUCCGACACUUUGUCAGAAAUGGAUGGUUUGGGCUUUACGGAAGGACCUUCUGAAAGCUUUGAAUUCAGCGUCUGUGAGGGUGAGACGUUGUGGAUGCAGCUGAUGGGAAACUGGAAGUUUCCAUCUCAGCAGAGUUCUGAAGUACACUUCAAGGUGUACACGAGCGCCAUCUACACUAUGGAUAUUCGAAUAUCCGCAGCUAAAGGGAAAAACAGCCCGACCAAAUUCAAGAACGACCUGCAGUACAACAUUGGGCUUAUUGAACAAAAACCUCCUCGACACGGUGUCUUUAAACUGCAGCUGUAGAGCCUAUCACACAGUGAGAGUGACUGCCAUUCCUAGGCUGGUGAUAUAUAGGCGUGUACACUUCUACCAUACAGUCAUCCUAUCUGUUUUCUUGCCUUCGGUCCUGUGUUUGUGUAACGCCACAUCUUAAUUUCUGAGUGAUUUCUCCUUCCCUUGAUGCUUAUGAGAAUCUGCCACAUUUGGUUGUAGACAAUAUAUUAUGCUGUAUCAUAUUAUUAACAUAAUAUUCUUGCUUUGAAAGUAUUACACGAAGAAUUAUUAGACUUUGAAACCGUGAUUUUUCAAAAUAGGCAUCCUCUGGUCAUAUUAUUUUAUAAAUUGCCACACAAAUAAUAUAAAAGCUUUCAGACAUCUGAAGUUUCUGUAA